AUGGAUGUAUUUCUUCAUGAUCUCAAUCAAGCUUGCAGUACACACCAACUCACAAUAGAUGACAACACUUCUCUGCGUUAUCUUGAUUAUGCUAUUAUUGAACAACAAAUGUCAAUGAUGGCUGCAAGUAUGUUUUGGCUUGAUACUCUUCAUGAUUGUAAUCUAGAUCAAUCUCUGCCACUACCAUUUGAUCGAUAUCGGCUUUCUGACAAACAUCGAACAGGUCGUGGAAUAUCUGUUUCUUUUGAUUUUUGUGAAGAUCUUUCACAUGAUUUUCUUUCUUAUUCAUUAUCGAGUGAUAUAACAGUUGAACAACUGGCACUUGCUAGUUAUUAUGCAUUCUUGUUCAAAUUGACUAAUGGAGAAAGUGAUUUAUGUAUUGGAAUGAACACAAAUGGAAGAUAUAAAGAAGAGUUGAAGUCAGUGAUUGGAAUGUUCGUCAAUGCUAUUCCUUUGCGAUGUCAACCAGAUCCUCAGUGGUCGUUUCAUCAACUUAUUGGUCAUGUUAAAGAGAUGAUUACAAGUAGUUUAGAGUAUUCUUAUUUUCCUCUUCAACGAAUUCUAGCUCAACAUCUAAAUGCUACAAAACCUGCAUUUCUUGAGACAUCAUUUGAAUUUCAAUCAUAUGCAACUAAAAACGGCAAGAAUGAAGUGCUGAUUGGAGAUACUACACUUGUUGUUGCGCCCAUUUCACUCAAAAUUGGUAAAGAUGAUAUAAUGAGCAAGUGUGAUUUCGUUCUUAUUAUUCAACAUGAUUUGGAUAGCAAUCAACUCUCAUGUACAAUCAAUGCGUCACUUGACUUAUUUGAUAGGAAAACAGUUAAUAUGAUUGCACAACGAUUUCAUUCAAUCUUACAACAACUGUUUAACGUAACACAUGUACAGAUGAAGAAGCCAAUUUAUGAGUUCUCAUUAAUAUUACCAGAUCAAAAAGUGCUUAUGAAAUCAAUGAACAAUACACAAGUAUUAUUUCCUUCUUUGACUUGUAUACAUCAAAAAUUUGCUGGUCAAGUGAUAAAGUAUCCACAAAAGAUAGCAGUUGAAUUGGAUGAUCAAUCUCUUACAUAUUCUGAACUUUUAUAUUAUAUUCAAAUAUUAUCUUUGAAUCUUUUGAAUAAACAAAGAGUUACUGUAGGUGAGAUUGUUUGUCAAUGUGUAGAAAGAAGUUUAUCAGUGGUGAUUGGUAUGAUGGCAAUUGAGAUGAUUGGUGCUGUUUAUUGUCCAUUAUCACCUCAAGAUCCAGCACUUCGUUUGGGUGAACUUGUGAAACAAACUGAAAGUCGUCUUGCUCUUGUUCAUUACUUAACACAAGCUAAAUUUAAUCAUGAUAUUAUGU